GGGUGCCCGUUAACCCUUGCACUGCCGGCGGGACGUGGUCUGGCUCACCCCCGAGGGACGGGCGAAGGGUCGGCGGGCGGACGGCCUCGGGUCGCAGGAUGAGGAACGCGCUGGUGCUGCUGCUGCCUCUGCUGCUGGUACCGCGGGCGCGGGCUGCCCCGCAGGGCGGGGGGCACAGGCCUGAGGACCCCACAGCCAUGAGACUGGAUCCUGAUUUUGACCCACUGAGCCUGGAGUUGCCUACACUGCUGCUGCUGCAGAGUACGGUGCGGAGCCUGGGGAUGCUGGAGCAAGACGUGGAGGCCCUGACACGUGAGCAGGCCCUGCUCUACCUCUUCGUGCUGCACGACCAUGACCAAAACAGGUGCCUGGAUGGGCUAGAGCUGCUGCAUCUGCUGGGCACGGUGCUGGCACAGCGGAACAGGGGGCAGCCGCACCCUGACAAGGUGGUUGUGCUGGUGGACCAAGCCUUGGAGACGCAGGACAUGAACAGGGAUGGGCUCCUCGACCCCCCCGAGCUGCUGCUCGACCCCCCUAAGUGGCUGCUGUCACCUGGCCAAGGCCAGGGACCCCCAUGGCCACCUCUCCUGCAGCACCCCGGGGAACCAGAGGUGCUCGGGGGGGACAUGGAGGUGAAUGGCCCUGGGCAGGCAGAGAAGCAGGAAGAGGGGCAGGCAGCUCUUCAGGCUGAAACACCCCAGGCUGAAUCCCCUGAUGCUGGACUCGUGGAGGCAGAGGACACUCCCAAGAUUGAAGCUCCUGAGGCUGAAGCCCCGGAGGCAGAGGUAGCCCCAGUAUGGGGGGACCCCGAGGAGGGGUAGGUAGCAGGGCUGUGGGCAGGGCUGCUCCCUGCCCCACUCAGGGCACUUAGCAUGGGGGCUCCCCCAUCCUCCAGCAGGGCCAGGGUUGCAUUGUUUGCUCCUGUAACACGCCGGGACAGAGAAAUACAGACACUGCCACCA